AUGGCUAAGGAUAAUUUGACUAGUCUACUUUCUCAAUUGAACAUCCAUUUGUCUCAAGAUGAGCAUUCCCACGUCGAACAGACCUGCGUGAAACUGUUAGACUCAGGCUGUGAGGAACCUGCUGAUGUAUUUAGACGCUGCUUGGUCGCUGUAAUCCAGCAGGAUAAAUAUCAACGAGCCUUACAUUAUUUGAAAAAAUUCAAGCAUAUUGAUGAAAAAUUUGGUCGUAGAUUUGCCUUGGAGAAACUGUACGUUUAUUAUAAAUUGAAUAGGUCAGAGGAAUUUAACACAUUGUACAAGAAGGUUGUCACAGAUGAUCUUGAUACGGUACUACAAAAAGACAUUGAAUCAUUAAGAGGUAUCUUACACGUGAGAGCUCAAUAUUGUUACAAAAACGGCUUGUAUGAAGAAGCUUUCAAAAUAUACCAACAUUUAGCCAGUCAUAACGAGAAGAAUCAAGAUAGUCAAAUCGAAUUGGCUUGUAACGAGAGGGUACCGCUAUCUGCCGCAACGGAACUAAUAAACAAAUCUUCGUUAGUAACUCCUAUAGAUGGAUCUUCUUACGAUCUAUUGUUCAAUGAAUCAUUCAUUUUGACAUCCCUGGGUAAAUAUAACGAGGCAAUCGAACUAUUGGAAAAAGCCCUCCAAGCCGCCACUAGCGAAGGUUAUCAAAACGACAUCAAUACUAUCAGGUUACAAUUGUCCUUUGUUUUACAAAUGAUGGGGGAAACCAGGAAAAGCAAAGAAAUCUUGAAGAGCUUGUUGAAAGAACUGGAAGCCACUUCCCCAUUCUAUUUAAUCUGCCAAAAUAACUUGAACUCACUAGUUGAUUUCUCCAAAUACAACACCAAUUUCAACCUACUAUUAAGAGAAAUAAACGUGGAAAGAUCAAACACCUUUAAUUUGCAGACCUUCACAUAUGAGCAGUGGUCAAACAUUCAACGCAAUAUACUGUUUCUGCGUUUGUUCAAUAAUGUCAAAAUUCACUCUCAAGAUUCUAUUUUAUCCAAAACAGCCGAUAAGUAUUCCAAAUUAGUUGAUAAUGUUACUUUGGAAAGUUACAAGACGCAAGCCAAGAAGCUUUACCACCAUACAACCAAAACCAUCUUGAGUGGAACGGAGGGUAGUGUAAUUGGUCUAUUGCUGCUUACUAUUCAGUUGCUAAUAAUAGAAAAGGAGUGGGAAAAUGCUAUCAGAAUAGGUGAAUUAUUUUUGAAUGAAAAUUGGACGUCUUCUUUCGAAACUUUCCAUGAUUCGCAAGCUAUUGUAUGCUACAUUUUAUUUGAAUUGUACAAGAUUAAAGGGAGAAACCAUUCAAAGAGUAUUUUACUGAAAAAGUUAGCUUCAGUGAGGACUCAAUUGAGCGAAAGAAUCCAAAAAAACUUACCAUUCUGGAAGCACGUUGGUUUCGAAUUAUUGUCCAUGGGCAACAUCAAAGAAUCAAAGGCUUUGCUCAAGGAGCUCUCAAGGUUCGGUAAUGAUAAAGAGGAUGAAAUAAUCGACAGGAUUGUUUCCUCCAGUUCUUUAGAUAUAGCGCAAGGCAUAAAUUUGGUGAGAGACAUUGAUGUUAAUGAAUUGAUUCAACUUGGUGCGAAGCCUUUAGAGUCGUCAGCAAAGCGAAGCAAGAACUCGACGAUCAAUAAAGUCCAAAAAAGGAAAAUCUUGGAACUGAAGAAUAAAAGAAAGAUUAAACGUGUAGAGAAAUUCUUACAAGGCCGUGAUGCCUCCAAAUUACCCGAUCCUGAAAGAUGGCUACCAUUAAAGGACAGGACUACAUACAGACCUAAGAAAAAACUACAGGGCGGAAAGCAAACUCAGGGUGGUGCUAUGAACAAAAAGUCUGAACAAGCCCUUGAUAUAUCAAAGAAGGGAAAGCCCGCUGCUAAUAAAAAGGCUAAGAAUAAAAAGAAAGGUCGUAAAUAG